AUGGCUCCAAACGGAACACCUCGUGACUUCACGCAUCUUCGAGAUGUCAUGGGUAGCUUGCCCAUGCUGAAAAGGUACAUUGUGUUGUGUCUAUGCUUUCAUCUUUCGGAUGAGUAUGCCACGAACGAAAUCGAAGGCGCAUUGAGGGACGGCCUGGAGCGACUGGCGGAAGCAUUUCCCUUCCUCGCCGGGCAAGUGGUUAUGCAAGGCCGGCGUCAUGGCUGUAGCGGCAGACCAAAGAUCGUACCACUCGAAGAAAGAAUACUCCUUCACAUCAACGACUUGAGACAGAGCGGCAACCUAUCAUUCCCCACCUUAUCAGAGAUGAGUGCCGCCAGAUAUCCAUUCAGGUUCCUCGACCCAGCCAUCAUCCUGCCCCCGAUAGCUUCCUCGUGGGCAGAAGAUCCAGGCGAUUUCAGCCAAAUAGCACCGGUUCUCAUAUUACAGGCGAAUUUUGUCCGUGGUGGGCUCCUACUUACCUUCUCCUGCAACCACAUGACCGCGGACAUGACGGGACUGGGCACCAUCAUCUCUCUGUUUGCCAAAGCGUGUCGUCUGGAGCGCUUCACCGAGGAGGAAAUCGAGCAGGGCAAUCAACCACGAGGGAACGUUGUGCCUUUGCUUGGGGACGAGUAUGAGCCCGGCAACGACCUCGAAGACGUCAUGGUCAAACCGUGGAGGAUGGAGGGGAAGAACAAUCCGGUGCCCUGUUCACAGACCGUGACGGUCACGACGAUGCCACCCACACCUGUCCACCCGGAAGCGGCGGUAUCAUGGGCAUAUUUCAAUCUCACCUCGUCGAAUCUGUCGCUCCUCAAGGUCGCCGCAAGCCGUCAGACUCUCGUGCCGUACAUCACCACGGACGACGCGGUGGGCGCUCUGUGUUGGCGGGCCAUCUCACGAGUUCGUGGUGGCUCCAACCGACGACCCGGAAACACACAAAACGCCAAAUCGUCGUCGUCGAAAACGACGACGACGACGACGACGACCUUUGCCCGACCGCUCAGCGCGAGAAAAUACCUUGGCCUUUCGUACCUGUACCUGGGCCACAUGGUCGACGUCGCAUACGAGUCCGGCAGCGUCGACGUGUACGAGCAACCCCUGGGAGACGUGGCGGCGCGCCUGCGCAUGCUGCUUCAGCGCGACGACAAGAUCAAGCACCAUGUACGUGCGUUCGCGACGAUGCUCGAUCGUCUGGACGACAAGAGUCAGUUGGUCAAUGGCGCGAACUUGGACCUCGAUCGAGACGUCAUCUUCUCGAGCCACGCCAACGUCGCGUGUUGCCAAAAGUCGUUCGGUCCGGUGCUUGGGACGCCCGAGGCAGCCAGAAGACCGAGGAUGGGCGCUGCUCCCAGUCUCCUUUAUCUCAUGCCAAGAGACAAGGAAGGGAACAUGGUUGUCGCGAUGUGUUUGAGGGAGGAUGAUCUCAUGGCGCUCAGGGAUGACGAGGAAUUCCUCAAGUUUGCGGAGUAUAUUGGCUGAGUCCCAGUCAAGACAAGUGUAGAAUAUUUGAUCGACGUCCAUCAGACGUGGAACGCUCACAGCAUUUUGGACUGAUUAGACCCAAGCAAAUAGAGUCUU